UCUUGCACGUAGGUCAAGUUACGAUACUCAAUGCGCGUUCAGUUGGCGGGGAGCGCUCAUAACGUGCGCACUAAAUUUUUCAUGUUAUUAACCAUAGAUGGUAUAUCACGUGGUUUUUAACAAAUGUCGGAAUUAAAAUAUAAAUAAACAAUUUUUAUUAAUUUUAUUAAUUUUUUUUUUUUUUUUAUAUGUUUAAAUAAACUGACAUUUAUUAAAAUUUCUGGCCAAAGAAAAAAUUUUUUAAAAAAAGUUGUGUCAACAUUGAAAGAAAAAAAAAAAAUAACCAAUAAAAUAAAAAUAAAUUUGACAGAUAAACUUGUUGUUAUUUAUUUUUAAUUAUUAUUUUGUUUUUUUAUUUUUUAUCAAAUUAUUAAUUAUUGCUAUUAUUAUUUUGGAGCCAAAGUGUUGAUUGUUUUUUUUUUUUUUUUUUUUUUUGAUAAAUAAAAAUUUAAUUUGAGAAAAAAAUAUAAAUAUAACCUAUAUUAUAAAAUAUAAUAUUGUGAAUAGUAAUAAUUAAUUAGUGAUUGAUAAAUAAAAUUAGAUGUGCGGGAGUAAUUUUUUGUGAUGGAUAACCCGAACGGUGGUAGGGACAGUCGUUACACGACACUUGGUUACAACAUGGGAAUGAUGGGAAGUGAUACUGGUACUGAAAUGUAUGGACGUCCAUCAACAUCACAGCUGGCUGCUGCUGCUUCACAAUUAAACCGUAGUGGCGCUACAAUGAUGGGAGGACCUGGUGCACCAGGAAGUGUUGGUGUUACUGGUGGUAAUGGUGGUAAUAGUGCUAGUGGUAAUAAUAGUGUACAAAGAGGCCUUAAAAGAACAUCAUCUGAUGUUUGUUAUGAUGAUGGUAAUGGUAGACAAACAAUGGGACAAGGACAAUUGGGUAUUGGUGAUUGUGUACCAGAUAAUAUUGAUGAUGCAUUUACAAAUCUUGGUGCACCUAAAAAAUCACCACCAUCAAAUGGUAAAAAAACUAAAGGAAGAGUUAAAAUUAAAAUGGAAUAUAUUGAUAAUAAAUUACGUAGAUAUACAACAUUUUCAAAAAGAAAAACUGGAAUUAUGAAAAAGGCGUACGAGUUAUCAACAUUAACUGGUACACAAGUUAUGUUACUUGUUGCAAGUGAAACUGGACAUGUUUAUACAUUUGCAACACGUAAAUUACAACCAAUGAUAACAAGUGAAGCUGGUAAAGCACUUAUACAAACAUGUUUAAAUAGUCCAGAUCCACCACCAUCUGGUUCAUCUGGUGAUCAACGUAUGUCUGCAACUGGUUUUGAGGAGACUGAAUUAACAUACAAUAUUGCUGAUGAUGAACAAAAAGAAGAAGGAGCAUCACCGAGGUCUGAUAUAUGUGCCAAUGAUAGUGAGGGUGAUAGCAGUGACGGAGAAUCUCCACCAUCAAAAGAUCCAAAAAAUCAUUCUGGAGUUUCAUCAUUUUCAACUGGUAUAAUGUAUCAAAUGCCACAAAAUGUCAUGUAUUCACCAAGUCCAGGUGUAUUAUUGAGUAUUGGACAAAAUGGACAACCAGUACAAAUAUCACAAGACGGAAGUACAUCAAGCAUGAAUUCCGGACAGGGAAAUCAACCAUUUAUAACAAUACCUCUUAAUGUGGCAAUGAGUGCUGCUGGUUUAUCACUACCAGUAACAUCAAAAGCUUUAUCAUCAACUUGCUCAAUGACAUCAUCUUCUGGUUCUAAUAACUCAGACAUGCCUUCAGAUUUGAGUAAAGAACGUAAAUGAUUUUUGCUUCUUUUUUUAAAAAAGAUUUAUCUUAAAUUUUAAUUUUCUUUUUUUUUUUUUAAAUAAUGCCUUAGUAAUUACUAAUGAAUGAAUUAUUAUUAAAAUUAAUCAAUCAAUUUUUACGAAUGAUAGAAAAAAAGAAACGAAUAAAUAAUCUCAAAUUAUUGUAAAAUUGUUUGAGCUAAACUACAAUAUUAUAUAGUAAUAUUAAAAUUGAAAAAAAAAGAAACAAAAAAAAUAUUUUUUAAUAACAAAUAUCCUGGUUUUUUAAAUAAAACCAAAUAUCUUUACUAUUUUUUUUUGUUAAAUUUUUGUAAAAUAUAUUACAUCUAGUCAACUGUGGUUAGUGCAAUUAAUUUAAAGUAUUUUUUUUUUUUUUUUUUUUUACGAAACUCUCACUUAGAUUCCAUAAGUUCCACACGUUUAUUUUGCAAGAAUACAUACCAGACACAUACACGCACAUACUGCAUUAAUUAUAUUUAUAUUUUUUUUUUUGUUAAACUAUUUAUAUUUUUUUUAGAAUCUCAAGAUAGUUUAUUAUGGUUUAACACCAUUUUGCCUUAUUGACAAUGUAAUCGUGAUCUGUUUUUUUAAAUUUUCAUUUAUACAAUUUAUUCCUCUGUACAUAUCACAGUUUAUAUUUUUCAAAUCAUACUCAAAUUAAUCAUCAAUUAUGUCAUUGAUAUAUUUAAAUAAAAUCAUUUUUAACAUAAAAAAUAAUACGUCAUUUUUAUGAGGAUAUUUGUACAUAUAUAUUUUCUAUGAAAAGUAAAAAAAUUAAAAGUUUAAUAAUAAAAAAUAGCUGUAAAUUUUUAUUUUUUUUUUUUGUUUAUAUAUAAUUAAUAAUUUUCAGGUCGUAUGUUUGUAUAACAUUGUUGUAAAUGAAUGAAAUUAUAUUGUACUUUAAUAUUAUUAAAUAAUUAAAAAAAAAAUCGAACAAAUAAAUAAAAAUUAA